AUCAUAUCUUUGGAGCGGCAUGGCAGUUGGAUUCUGAUUGGUUGCAUUUGUGAAAUGCUGUGGUUUCAACGUUCGCGCAGUCUGUUUUAAAUGAGUUGAGAAGCUGUGCUGCAUUAUAGAUUUGGGACUGCAGUUAAUCUAACGGUUGAAGUACUGAAGCUGUGCAUCUAGGAGAGAAAUUGACUCUGUUAGGUACCUUCAAUUGAUUUAGUUCGUGUAUCUUGUGAUGGCUGCAUCUGGAAUUAAUCAUAAUGUAGACCAAGAAAAUCGCACUGUAAAUGCUGUACAUAUGAGGAAAGAGGAACUUGAAAAUCAGCCAAAGAAGAGAACUGUUUUGGGUGUUCUUAACAAGAAUGCAGAGAGAAUCCGCUGUCAGAAACCUGCAAAACAGGAUGCAAAGCUUCAAGAAAAAAAUUUGAAAACUGGAAAACAAAUAACCCAGCCUCAAAGAGUACCUUUUGAAAUUCCUGAAGACAAAUUAGAUGAAGACAUUGAAGUUCGUAAAGUACAUGCAGUGAAGCAGAAUAAGGUAUCGCCAAGCACAAAGGAUUUACAAAGAGUGCCGUUGAAGGAACUACCUGUACCAAUAUUUGAAGAUGUAUGUACUACUGCACCCCAAGAUAAGAACUCACUAGUGAGUGAACAGUUCAUAGAGGAAACAGCUCUUGUGAUUAAUGGUUACACAGAAGAUGUAUACAGAUACUUGAGAGAAAUAGAGGAAAGACAUCGCCCUCGUGCAGGUUAUAUGAAAAAGCAGCCAGAUAUAACAUAUUCCAUGCGGUGUAUCUUAGUUGACUGGCUUGUUGAAGUUGCUGAAGAGUACAAAUUGCAAACAGAAACCCUGUACCUGGCAGUCUCCUUCAUAGAUCGUUUCUUGAGCUACAUGUCUGUUGUAAGAGCUAAGUUACAACUAGUUGGAACUGCUGCCAUGUUCAUUGCUGCUAAAUAUGAAGAAAUAUAUCCUCCUGAUGUGAAAGAAUUUGUGUACAUAACAGAUGACACUUAUACGAAGAAACAGGUUCUUCGUAUGGAGCAUCUUAUUCUGAAAGUACUUUCAUUUGAUCUAUCUGUUCCUACAGUAUUAACUUUCCUGACAACAUUCUUCUCUGUUGACAAAGUUUCAGACACAGUUCUCUAUUUAGCAAUGUACCUGAGUGAAUUAACUUUAGUGGAAGGUGAUCCUUAUCUCCAGUAUUUACCAUCUGUGAGGGCAGGAGCAGCAAUUGCAUUAGCUAGACACACACUAGAGCAGGCAGUCUGGCCUCAAGAACUUGAAACUUUCUCUGGUUACUCACUGGCAGAUCUGAAACCUUGUAUUGAAUGUUUGCAAAAAACAUUUGGGGAGUCUGCAACACAUCCUCAACAAGCAAUAAGAGAGAAAUAUAAAUCUCACAGGUGGCAUUGUGUCUCUCUACUUGCACCUAGGGAUGCACCCAUAUGCUAAGUUUUCGCAGCUACUGAAGACUUCCUUAAAAGCACGUGAAAAUAAUGAAUGUACAAAUACCUGAGGUUAAUUUUUAAUUCAUACAGCUGCCCAGAUGAGAUCUGUGUUUCACAGUCUGUGAUAUUUCAUAUUCAUUUAUUUACACAAUACACUCAAACAUUGUUUUUUAGUUGUGUAUUUUGACAUUUAGAAACCUUUAUUGGCUCACUUUUUGUAUUCAGCUUUAAUGUUUUACAAUGAUCUGAAGGACUGCUGUCUUUGCUCCUUUUACACAAGGAAUAUUUAUGAUGUAAAUUUCUGUGUGUGUGUGUGUGUGUGUGUGUGUGUGUGUGUGUGUGUGUGUGUGUGUGUGUGUGUGUGUUUUUGCAUGGGUGUACAGUUAAGAGGUUUACCUCAAUACUAUAUGUAUAUAUGUAGCAUGUAUUUUUAAAAUGUCACUUUCCCAGUGCUGCUUAACGUCUUACUGUGGUAAGAAAAUAAUGUAGUAAAUUGCUGUAAUAACUUUUUAAAAUAAAGUUACAUAAUGUUCUUG